AUGGCCGUUUCAAACGCUUGGCGUUUACAUGUUAUGACCAAGGAUGGAUGGAUGGAUCAACUCUUGCUUCGACAUAGUCUUGCCAGAUACUAUUUGCGACAAGAAACUCUUAAAAGAGCCAGACCAUAUUCUUCUUUGGUCAAAGGACUGCCUCAAGAUGGUUCAAGCCUCUACCCAAGGAAGCUUGAAAAGCAAUUACGUGUGGGAGAUAGCAGCGAGCGUCGGCGGGCGGGCAGCGGCGCGCGCCACCGAGCGGCGGCGGCCGCAACGACGACGGCGCACAGCAAGCAGCUGGCGGCGGGCGGGCCCAACCACCCGCCCCAGCCGCAAGGUAACAAACGAUCGGGCUGCGGCGGCGAUGGCGACUACCAACUGGUGCAGCACGAGGUGCUCUACUCCUCGUCCAACCGGUACGAGGUGUUGGAGUUCCUCGGUCGCGGCACUUUCGGGCAGGUGGUGAAGUGUUGGAAGAAAGGCACCAACGAGAUAGUCGCUAUCAAGAUACUCAAGAACCAUCCCAGCUAUGCUCGUCAAGGCCAGAUUGAGGUUUCGAUCCUGUCCCGACUCUCGCAGGAGUCCGCGGACGAGUUCAACUUUGUCCGCGCUUACGAGUGCUUCCAGCAUCGCUCUCACACGUGUCUUGUGUUCGAAAUGCUGGAGCAGAACCUGUACGACUUCCUCAAGCAGAACAAGUUCUCACCGUUGCCGCUUAAGUAUAUCAGACCCAUACUGCAGCAGGUGCUUACCGCACUGCUUAAACUCAAGCAACUUGGCCUCAUCCACGCGGACUUGAAGCCAGAGAACAUAAUGCUGGUGGAGCCGGCUCGGCAGCCGUACCGCGUCAAGGUGAUCGACUUCGGCAGCGCCUCACACGUCAGCAAGGCAGUCUGCAACACCUAUCUGCAGAGCAGAUACUACAGAGCGCCGGAAAUAAUCCUGGGCCUAGCGUUCUGCGAAGCAAUAGACAUGUGGUCCCUGGGCUGCGUGGUCGCGGAACUGUUCCUGGGCUGGCCCCUGUACCCGGGAUCCUCGGAAUACGACCAGAUACGAUACAUCUCGCAGACACAAGGCCUGCCUACUGAACAUAUGCUCAAUAGCGCAUCAAAAACGGCGAAGUUCUUCUACCGCGACGUAGACAGUACGUACCCAUUCUGGCGACUGAAAACCCCUGAGGAACAUGAGCUUGAGACGGGCAUUAAGAGCAAAGAAGCCAGGAAGUAUAUCUUCAAUUGCCUUGACGACAUUGGACAGGUUAAUGUACCAACAGAUCUUGAAGGUGGCCAACUCUUAGCCGAGAAAGCAGACAGAAGGGAAUUUAUCGACUUACUCAAGAAAAUGCUUACUAUGGACCAGGAGAGAAGAAUAAUGCCCGGGGAGGCAUUGAAUCACGCGUUUGUGACACUCGCGCAUCUUGUCGAUUACGCUCACUGUAAUAAUGUAAAGGCUUCCGUGCAAAUGAUGGAGGUGUGCCGUCGGUCGGGCACGGGCGUGGGCGGCGUGAGUAGCGUGAGCGGGGUGGGCGGCGCGGAGUACGGCGUGGGCGGCGUGGUGGCAGGUGGCGCCGCGCCUGCAGCGCACCACCUCGCGCUCACCAUCAACCAGCAGCGCCUGCGCGCCGCGCCCUACGACAACCUGUACCAGCUGUACGGCGGCGGACGCGUGGCGGUGGGCGGCGCGCGGCAGUACGCCACGCGCGCGCCCGAGCCUUUCCCGCACCAGUUCGUCUCCUCCAUACUGUGCCAGCCCGCCUACCAGGUUCAACAGCUGGCUGCGGCGGCGGCGGCGGCCGCGGCCGCGCACCACCAGCACGGCGUGGGCGUGGGCGUGGGCGUGGGCGACGUGGCCGAGUGGCGCGCGCCGCUCAUCGUGGAGCCCGCGCCGCUGCCCGAGCCUGACGUCUGGGACUUCCACCCGCACCCCCCGCACCAUCAUCACCCUCACAAGAGAUCAACAAAGCAGCAGACGAGCGCCGUGCCACACUACCAGCCGCACCACCAAACGCAUCAAUACAGUAUGGCAAGCAGUGGUGGCAAAAAGGAACCUACUCAGCUGUCUCCGGUCAAGAAGAGGGUGAAAGAGGGCACUCCUCCAUCGAGGCAUAGGCAUCAUCAUGAUCAUAUGGGUCAAAACGUUACAAUCGGUGGUACGUGGGAGGGUAAUGGUAACUGUGGCGGUCACACCAUCACUAUCCGCGAUACUCCAUCUCCCGCCGUCUCCGUCAUCACCAUCUCUGAUUCCGAUGACGACGACACGUCGCGACAACCGCGCCCGGCUCAGCAAGGCCAGGGCCAACAUCAGCAACAACACCCACACCAGCAGCAGCUGCAACAUCAGCAACACCACCAACAUCAGCAACAUUCACAUAACAACAGAGCAGGAAGUGGCGAGUGCGCGGCAACAGCGGCCCACAACAAUAACACGAGCAACAGCAAUGUGAGCCACAACAGCACGGCCACGGUGCACAGCGGCGGCGUCAUCUGCAGCGCGCGCACUCCGCGCGACGAGCGCCACGUCAAGCACGAACCUCACCAGUCUCACCAGCCCCACCAGUCUCACCAGCCCCACCAGUCCCACCAGCCUCACCAGUCCUGCCAUCAUCAUCACCAGCAACAACAGCAAGUGCAACAACAACAACAACAACAGCAGCAGCAUCAGCAACAACAGCAGCACAUGCGCACACACGCGCCGGUGCAGCCGCAAGCGACGCCGCAGAGCCAGAAGAAACGACUUUUGGCUCUGGCACAACAGGAGGCCCAAGCAAAACAAGAGCCCCUGGCUGAUCAGCAACCGGCCCAUUAUGUUUCCGGUGGUGCGACCAUCCGUCAAACGAAUGACUACCAAUGCAAUCAAUACAUGCAAGCGCAGCACAGUAAACGGGAUAGUAGUGGAGGGUGUCGCGAAUACCUGCCGGCGACUAGCGGCGCCAUGAGCGCAGUGAGCGGCGCGCACGCAGUGGCCGUGGGAGUGGGUGUGGGAGUGGGAGUGGGCGUGGGGGUUGGCGUGGGCGGCCCGCCGGCGGCGCACAAGCACACGGCGCCGCACGCCUGGCACCACCACCCGCACGCACACUACAAAACGGCUAGUGGAGGUGUUCUAUCACCAGGAGGAGGUGUGUCGCCCGGUUACCUUCCGCCGCCACUUUACGUGCCCACAUAUCAUUACCACACGGGCGGCGUGGCGGGUGUGGCGGGCGUGGCUGGGCCGCCGCCGGCGCACCACGGCAGCGGCGCGCGGCUGCCGGGCUACCUGCAGCCGUACUCGCCCACGUACCUGGUGCCGCCGCACGCCGCGCACGCCGCACACGCCGCGCAUGCGCACGCGCACGCCGCGCACUCCGCGCCGCACCAGCAGCACCAGCAGCACCUGUGGUACGACUGA